UCGAUUGGCUCUUCCACCUGUUCCAUCCAGAUCAUCCAGCAUUAUUUUCCACUUUCUGUUCAAGUCUCAAGAACUCUCUGCACGGUACACAGAACAACGCUGGGGAACAAAAUGCUAUCCAUGCUCUUCAUUCUUGGGGGAUUUAUUCCCUUAAUCUAUGCAGAUUUCUCAGCCACAGUGUUAACGAUGGAUGAUGGAGUAAUCACAGGCAGAUUCUCAGACUCUGUGCUGCUGAGUCUGCCUCCCUGUGAUCAAUAUGCAGGCAAGAGCGUGGACCUGGAGUACCUGAACGUAAACACCAAUCAAACCACAACUCUGAACAGUAUUUUCACGGUUGCAAACUGCUCAAGUGGCAUUAACACAGUUGGAUCAACUGCAAUAAGCAGAAACAUCGGAUACCAGCUGAAGAACCUCUCCAAUGGAACACAGUACAGGAUCCACUAUCAGAUUGGAUCAAACAAAAGUGCCCCCAUAAUGGCAACUACAAGAUCAGUGCCUGACUUUGGAAACGAUCUAAGUCUUCCAGCACGAAGUGGAGCAAUGGUGGUCAUCACAGUCAUUCUGUCCUUGGCGAUGUUUUUUCUGCUCAUCUGUCUCAUUCUCAGUACAGUGAUGUCAAGUGCCUGAAAUUAAGACAUUUUGUCACUUUAUGAUUAUUCAUCUAAUCUUUUCAUAUGCCAAUUUUAGGAUUCUAUGAUGUACACACAUGGUUAAUCCUUAUUUUUUUUCUCAAGUUUUCCACUAGGUUUGCUUUUGAUCACUCUACUUUUUCAGGCGUUAAGUUUUAAUACAUUUCAAAAAUAUGCAGGGUUUUAUAUACAGGAGCUGUAUUUUCUAUUGCUAUUUAACCAUGACAAAUGGCUUAGCCAAAACAGGCUGUCUGUUAUUCUUUUUUAUAUGAGUUAAUAUAGUCACAGUACAGCUCAUCUCUUUCAUCCUGAUCCUUAUAGUAUUGUCUGAUGGUCUCCAUCAGUUAUCUGUCUUUUUUAUGAAAUAAAUUUCGAAACUGAACAAAAUUUCAAAUAAAGUGU